CUUCACUAUAUACAGCCUCUCACCUCAGAAUAGUUUUCCUCAUCCAGACUCCUCUUGUAAUCUCUCCCUUUCUACCCUUUCUUUCUCAUUUUAAUUUGCACCACCAACACUUAAAAAAAAAACAAAAAAAGAAGGGAAAAUAAAUUAGGAAAAAUGAAAAAUAUGGGUAAAUUAUGGACCUUCUUCACCCACCUCCAUUCGCUCGUAGGCCCAACCAUUACGCUCAUAUACCCCCUGUAUGCGUCGGUGGUGGCGAUCGAGAGCCCGUCGAAGGUCGACGACGACCAGUGGCUGGCCUACUGGAUCUUGUACUCCCUCCUCACUCUCUUUGAGAUGCUUGCUGAGCCCAUCUUAUACUGGGUGCCAAUAUGGUAUCAUAUAAAGGUGGCGUUUGUGGCAUGGUUGGUGCUCCCGCAGUUCAGGGGUGCAUCCUUCAUCUACGAGAAGUUUGUUCGGGAACAACUCAAAAAACAUGGACCAAAAUUGGGCAUAGAUCAUGGCCAUGGGACCCACACCCCCCACCCCAAG